CACUUCGCCCCUUCUUCCUGAAGGUCGAGGCGGGUUUUCCCAACAUGCGCUGCAGAGAAGUCAAAGAUGGCGGCUGUAGCUGCAGUUCGCUGGCUGGGCCUCCGCAGCAGGCUUGGCCAGCCGCUGACAGGUCGGCGGGCGGGUCUUUGUGAACAGGCACGCAGCUGCAGAUUUUAUUCUGGUAGUGCAACCCUCUCAAAGGUUGAAGGAACUGAUAUAACAGGGAUUGAAGAAGUAGUAAUUCCAAAAAAGAAAACUUGGGAUAAAGUAGCUGUUCUUCAGGCACUUGCAUCCACAGUAAACAGGGAUACCACAGCUAUGCCUUAUGCGUUUCAAGAUGAUCCUUACCUUAUACCAACAUCCUCUUUGGAAUCUCAUUCAUUUUUACUGGCAAAGAAAUCUGGGGAGAAUGCAGCCAAGUUUAUUGUUAAUUCAUACCCCAAAUAUUUUCAGAAGGACAUAGCUGAACCUCAUAUACCGUGUUUAAUGCCUGAGUACUUUGAACCUCAGAUCGAAGACGUAAGUGAAGCCGCCCUGAAGGAACGAAUCAAGCUCAGAAAAGUCAAAACCUCUGUGGACAUGUUUGAUCAGCUUUUGCAAGCAGGAACCACUGUGUCUCUUGAAACAACAAAUAGUCUCUUGGAUUUAUUGUGUUACUAUGGUGACCAGGAGCCCUCAACUGAUUAUCAUUUUCAACAAACUGAGCAGUCAGAAGAAUUGGAAGAGGAAGAUAACAAUAAAUCUAGGAGGAAAGCUGGUCAUCAGUUUGGAGUUACAUGGCGAGCAAAAAACAAUGCUGAAAGAAUCUUUUCUCUAAUGCCAGAGAAAAAUGCACAUUCCUAUUGCACAAUGAUCCGAGGAAUGGUGAAGCACCGAGCUUAUGAGCAGGCGUUAAACUUGUACACUGAGUUACUAAACAACAGACUCCAUGCUGAUGUGUACACAUUUAAUGCAGUGAUUGAAGCAACAGUAUUCGUGAUAAAUGAGAAAUUUGAGGCAAAAUGGAGUGAUAUACUGGAGCUGCUAAGACACAUGGUUGCACAGAACGUGAAACCAAAUCUGCAGACUUUUAAUACCAUUCUGAAAUGUCUCCGAAGAUUUCAUGUGAUUGCAAGAUUGCCAGCCUUACAGAUUUUACGUGAAAUGAAAGCCAUUGGAAUAGAACCCUCGCUUGCAACAUAUCACCAUAUUAUUCAGCUGUUUUAUCAACCUGGAAACCCUUCAAAUAGAUCAUCCUUCAUCAUUUAUGAUAUAAUGAAUGAAUUAAUGGGAAAGAGAUUUUCUCCAAAGGACCCGGAUGAUGAUAAGUUUUUUCAGUCAGCCAUGAGUGUAUGCUCAUCUCUCAGAGAUCUAGAACUUGCCUACCAAAUACAUGACCUUUUAAAUACUGGAGACAACCGGAAAUUCAUUGGACUUGAUCAUCAGCGUAAUUUCUAUUAUUCCAAGUUCUUCGAUUUGAUUUGUCUAAUGGAACAAAUUGAUGUCACCUUGAAGUGGUAUGAGGACCUGAUACCUUCAGUCUGCUUUCCCCACCCCCAAACAUUGAUACAUCUUCUCCAAGCACUGGAUGUGGCCAAUCGGCUAGAAAUGAUUCCUCAAAUUUGGAAAGAUAGUAAAGAAUAUGGUUUCACUUUCCGCAACGACCUGAGAGAAGAGAUCCUGACGCUCAUGGCAAGGGACAAACACCCACCAGAGCUUCAGGUGGCAUUUGCUGACUGUGCUGCUGAUAUCAAAUCUACAUAUGAAAGCCAACCCAUCAGACAGACUGCUCAGGAUUGGCCAGCCAUCUCUCUCAACUGUAUAGCUGUCCUCUUUUUAAGGGCUGGGAGAACUCAGGAAGCCUGGAAAAUGUUGGGACUUUUCAGGAAGCAUAAUAAGAUCCCUAGAAAUGAGUUGCUGAAUGAGUUUAUGGACCAUGCAAAAGCAUCUAACAGCCCUUCCCAGGCCAUUGAAGUAGUAGAGCUGGCAAGUGCCUUCAGCUUACCUAGUUGUGAGGGCCUCACCCAGAGAGUAAUGACUGAUUUUGCAAUCAACCAGCAACAAAAGGAAGCCCUAGGUAACCUAACUGCACUGACCAGUGACAGUGAUACUGACAGCAGCAGUGACAGCGACAGUGACACCAGUGAAGGCAAAUGAAAGUGGAGAUUCAGGAGCAGCAAUGGCCUCACCAUAGCUGCUGGAAUCACACCUGAGAACUAAGAUAUGCUAAUAUUUAACACUGUUACAAAGAAGACAAGAUAAAGAUUUGGUGAAUUUGUUACCGUGAGGCACAGUCAGUACACAGCCGACUUAUGUAGAUUUAAGCUCCUAAUUUGCUACUUAAUAACCAUCUAUUAAUGCACUGUUAAAGGUUUAGCAUUUAAGUAGCAACAUUGCGGUUUUCAGACACAUGGUGAGGUCCAUGGCUCUUGUCAUCAGGAUAAGCCUGCACACCUACAGUGUCAGUGAGCUGACCUCAUGCUGCUGUCCUCGUGCGAUUGGCAUCUCCCUGCUGCUGGACUUCUGCCUUUGUUGGCCUGAUGUGCUGCUGUGAGGCUGGUCCUUCAUCUUAGAAAGGUGUUCAUGCAGUUCUAUCACAGUUGGGGUUGGGUCAAUAGUUUCCCAAAUUUCAGGAUAUUUCGAUGUCAGAAAUAAGCCUCUUAGGAAUGACUAAAAAAGAUAAUGGCAGUUUAGGCUGCACAACUGGUAAAAUGACUGUAAAUAAAUGUUGUAAUUAAUGUACACGUUUGCAUUUCUGUUAACAUAGCCAUUGCCAUAGUUUUCUAACUUGAACAGCCAUGUAUGUUUCAUGUCUCCCUUUCUUUUUGUCUAUAGCUGGUACCUAUUUUAGUGGUUGAAAUGAGAGCUAGUGAUGACAAGGAUGUGGAAUGUAUUCUUGACAUCAUUGUGUUAUUGCUGGUAAUCAAGUUGGUAACGACUACUUCUAGCAGCUCUUACCACUGUGACUUAAAUGGUCCUGGAAGGCAGUAAGUGGAGGUUUGCAGCAUUCCUGCCUUCAUGAGGGCUUCCCCCACCAGCCACUUUGCACAUACCUGGCUUGCAGAUUUACUUAGGUACCCCGUGAGUUGUCCACACGAGCAGCUUCAUCUUUACCUUGCCAGAGUUGACAAUUAUGGGAUGUUCUAGUGUACUAAUACUUGUGUUCCCAUCUGUCUGCCAUCCUCUGAAGGCCAGGACCCAGUCACACAUCCUUAGAAACCAAAGUAUGGUUUGUGCUUUCUCUUAGGAUGUCACAUCUUAAGGCAUUUAAUUGAAGGAAUCCCCCCUAACCCCCGAAAAAAAAAGCUGAUAUAGUAACUAGCUACUUAAGCAUCCAUGGGUAUUACUGCGUAUCAAAGCAGAUUUGUAGGACAGAGAGGAAAUUAGCCUCCAGUCUUGGUUUACAGCUUCCAAGGAGAACCUGGCCACCUGAAAGGUUAACUCAGUCCCUUCCUGUCUCUGGUUCAUCAGCACCUGCAGAUGCCUGACUCCUGUUAGCCUUACUAUUCGAUACAGUCCUUAGAUUCAUGGUAUGCGUUUCCCUAUCCAGGCGCCAAUUCUGAAUCCCCAUGUUGCUCUGCAGCUAGAGUUGAUAGGAGAAAAUCCAUCUGGGAAGAUGGCCCAUGAAUUUGUAGUGGACUUUUCAAAAUGAGUGAUUUGUUAGCUUGGUACUUUUAAGUUUGUGGUACAGAUACUCCAAACCCAUACUCUGAGCAAUUAACUGCCUUGAACUCAGAAAAAUUAAGGCCUCACAGGGUAAGUCUCCAUUCUCUGUAAAUGCUUAUUUUAUCAUAGUCUUUAGUCUCUACUAUCAGUAAAAUGUUUUAUUUGGGUGUGGUGACUCACACCUGUAAUCAGCACUUUGGGAGGCAGAGGCAGGAGGAUCACUUAGGUCCAGGAGUUUGAGACCAGCCUGGGCAACAUAGUGAGACACCAGCUCUACAAAAAUAAAAAGCCAGACUGGCAGUAUGCACCUGUGUCCCAGCUAAUUGGGAGGGUGAGAUGGGAGGAUUGUUUGAGCCUAGGAGAGGGAGGUUGCAGUGAACCGUGAUCGCACCAGUGCACUCCAGCCUGGGCAACAGAGCAAGCCCCUGUCUUAGAGAAACCAGUAGUUUGGAAGAGCAAAUUGGGCCAAGUGUGGUGGCUCAUGCCUGUAAUCCCAGCACUUCGGGUGCCAAUGUGGAUUGCCUGAGCCCAGGAGUUUGAGACCAGCCUGGGUAACAGACCCCCCUCCCUACAAAAGAUUUUAACAAUUAGUUGGGCGUAGUGGUGCAUGCCUGUAAUCCCAGCUCUCUGGAGACUGAGGUGGUGGGAUUGUUUGAGCCUGGGAGGCUGAGGCUGUAGUAGCCAUGAUUGCACCACUGCAUUCCAGCCUGGUUGACGGAGUGACCCUUGUCUCCAAGGAAAAAAAAGCAAAUGGGAUUAAGGACUCUCAUGGAAUGGGGAGGGGAAAGGGAGUCUUAAUAUAUGUGGAAUAAACUUGCUCAGUGUUGUUGCCACAGAGUUACAUUACCAAUGUGUAGAAGUCAGAAACUGGACUUCUAGUUUGGUUCAACCUUUGAGGAUUUGAGGAUUGUCUUAAAAUUAUAGCCAUUCAAGAGGUUGGAUGGCACUCAAAGAUUCUACAUAUCUACAAUCAAACUCAAAUCUAGCACCUAGGUCUUAGUAAAUGCUUAAUGAAUGCCACCAACUCUGCAAAGUAUUCAUUCGUUGGUUUUGAGACUUUAGUCACGUUGCUACUACAAGUAGGGCAUAUGACCUCUUAAGAAACAACUUCGAGAAGUCCUUACGUAACCACAGUAAAGCAGACCCUCCCCUUUGAGCAACCUCAAAGCAAAAGAAACCAAACAAAACCCCUAGUGAGCUGCUGUAUAAACACUAUGCCAGGCACUAGGCUUAGAGGAAAAGAUGUCAGAUUGUACUGUCACUGGCUAUGUACCUAUAGUGUCUAAGAUAGGGUAGCCUUUGUCUUUCAAACUGCAUUGCAAUAUAGAUCUGUGCAUAGAUAUAUGCAUUAAGUGUAGCAAAUUGUGAUGUAAAUUUUUUACUGCUGGUCAUGGUCAAAAAGUAAGAUAUGCUAUGAAAUUGAGUCACUAGGAGCAUGGAUGUAUAAGGCAGGUUUUAUAGAACCGUUUAGAUUCAACAUUAAUGGUGGAGUGGCAUUUUACUAAAAAAAUCGGCAUAUUUGGUUUGGGUGCUGUAAGGCAAUUUGCUAGGACAUGGGAUCAUCAGAUUACACAGAAUGUAGGCAGUGAACAAGUCUUCAUCCUGGCCCAGAAAAUAGCCUAUUAAAAAAUGCUGUCCGGGCCAGGCACAGUGGCUCAUGCCUGUAAUCCCAGCACUUCGGGAGGGUGAGGCUGGAGGAUCGCCUGAGUUCAAGACCAGCCUGAUCAACCUAGUGAGAACCCAUCUCAAAAAAAAGAAAAUGUCCAGCUGUGGACUUUCAGGAUUCAGUACUGCUGGGGAUCAAGCCCAAGAACGUUUUUCAGAGCUCUGAUUUACGAUGCUUGAAAAGUAAGUGUCCGAGAGGAAUAAAGGUCAUGACAGAAUUUACUCCCAGGACAAUCUAAGUUCUGCACAAGUACCCGUGGUGUCUGUUCCCACAACAAUGGCCCCUUCACAAGCUCUUGCCUCACAACCCCUGCAGAAGCCCUUCAACAAACCUACUCCUCAGGUGGGUAAGAGUUGCAGUGGGCAGGUGACCCUCCUUCUUCCUGCCCCCAUCCUUUGCUUCCUCAAGCUCCCCGCCAAUCUCAGGGCCCAUGGAUACAUCAAUGGGAAGGAAGCCAGGGGAGAAUAGACCUAUAGUAUAACAGGGGUGUGGUGACCACUGGACCUGAUGAAGAGAAUCUGCCUGACAUUUAAUAAGCCUUUUUAUUUCCCUUCUGCGUUAAAUCAAAUGAUCUGUUCUGCACUGAGCCAAGCAAGUUACUUUAAAACUGGUGGCACAACUCAUUUGGGACUUGGAGACUGCUUUUAUCCAGAACCUGUUAAGAGAGCAGGGGAUUUAAAUACAAAGGAAUACGAAGGUAGUGUGCCUUAAAGACUAAGAUUAGGUGUUAGUUUGUUACAUUAUUAAUUUUGAAAUAUUAACAUGAAAAUGUU